AUGGACGACACACCCGCGCCUAAGCUCUCGGAGCUGCUACGGCACCCGGAGGAUCUGGACAAGAUCCCGGCGCUCAAGCUCGAAUUCUCGCGCAAAAAGGGCGCCGUCGAUGGGCAGCUGCGCAGCGGGCUGCGCGAGCAGCUCGAGACGACCCAGUCGGGCAUGACGGGCCUGACGGACGGGCAGAAGACGGUGCAGAUGAUCAAGGAGGAGAUGAUGAAGAUUGACAAGCUGUGCUCCGAGUCCCAGAACAUGAUCAAGGACUUCGCCAGCAUCAAUCUCGUGUCGCAGGCCCACCGCAACUUUGGCGCCGUCGAGACGAUGCGACGCAACCUCGAGACCUUUAACGACCGGCUGUCGGUCGUGGAGCAGAUGCUGCGAGAGGAUGACGAGGACGGUGACAACAUGCCCAACCUGCUGCCGUGCCACUACGAGCUCACGCAGCUUCGCAACAUCCGAGACGACGCCAUGGAACAGAUACAGAGGGCCGAGGACACGAGCCUCCAGUCGACGCUGGCCGACUACUUUGCGCGGCUCGACGACACUAUUGACUGGUUCGACGAGCACGUCGGCAUCAUCGCCCUCAACCUCAUCAACCUGGUGGUGCAGGACAACAACGGUCUCGUGGUGAGGUUCGCGAUAGUGAUGGAGGCCGAGGAGAAGAGCGACCAGCGGGUGCUGGCGUUGCAGGAGGCUCUCAAGGACCACAAGGAGAUGGCGACGCGGUUCCAGAGCAUCACCGAUGGCGCCAAGAAGGUGCGCGGCUACAAGGACAAGUUCAUCCAGGCGAUCCGGCUCAGCGCCGAGCAGCAGUUUGACGGCGCCAAGGAGGAGUUCCUCGAGGACCCGAGCAAGCUGGAGAAGAUUAUGAAGUGGUAUUUCAAUGACCUGAAUGUGGUCAAGGUGGGAAUGUCUCACCUGAUGCCCAAGAAGUGGCACAUUGUCAAGACGUACGCCGACGUCUACCACCAGCUUAUGCACGACUUUUUGAUAGGCAUGGUGGACGGCAACGAGGCUUCAUCGGCGCACACGCUCGAGAUUGUCGGGUUCCCAGAAAAGUACUAUCGCAAGAUGGCCAAGCUGGGACUACGUCAGGAAGAGCUGGUGCCUCACGUGGUGGACAACCGCGAGGCGGAGCUUGUCCGCGACUUUCGCGAGCUCAUCAUCAAGUUCCUGGACGAGUGGAUCGAGCGCAUCUUUGCGCAGGAGCAGCGCGACCUGGCCGAGCGAAACGUCGAGGGCUCCAACCUGGACCAGGACGAGUAUGGCUACUUCCGGACAAAGAACCUGGUGGCCCUCUGGAGGAUGCUGCGCGAGCAGGUGGACGCUGCUGCCAACUCGCAGCGUGCUGAUGUGGUGGAGGGUGUAAUCGAUGCCAUGUUCGCACGUCUACGGUCUCGUCAGCAAUCGUGGCAGACCAUGCUCGAUGCUGAAGCUACGAGAUACGAGGAGGGUAGAGUGCCUGAUCUCGAGGGCUUCCAGGCUCUGCAGGACUGGCUUGUUGCUACAGCCAACGAUCAAAUCGCCUGUAUCGACGACAACGAGGAGGAGAACCGCCUGGCCUACCUAUCAAGCUUCCGUCGCCUCGUCGAGCAGCACGUCACCCCGGCCUAUCUAGAACGCAUCGAGACCGAGGUCAACACUCUACGUGACGGUUACGUUGACUUUAGCACGUGGUGCAUCAACCGCUUCGCCCAGCUCAUCUUCUCGGUCGACUUUGGCGCCGUCAUGCCCGACUUCUUCACCCCCAAGUGGUACACGAGCACGGCCAUGAAGCAGAUGGUGGUGACCUUCGAGGAGUACGUCAACGACUACCGCCAGGUCCUCCACCACUCGCUCGUCGACAUCUUUGUCGAGAUCUUUGCCGAGGAGCUGCUCGUCCGCUACCUCAGCGCUGUCCGCAACAAGGGCGCCAAGUUCCGCCGCACCGACCCCUUCCAGGACAAGCUCUUCAACGACAUCGCCACCGCCUUUGAGCUGUUUGGUAGCUUGCCGUCGCCGGAUAUUGGAGCCUCCAUCAAGGAGACGUGGCGCGUCACCGAGCACUUCCUACGUCUUUUGACUUGUGACCGCGACUCCGUCGUGGAGACGUAUGCGACCUUCAAGAUGGCGUACUGGGACCUCAACCCUUCGUGGGUAGAGGCCGUGCUGAGGACGAGGGACGACUUUGAGAGGGGUAUGGCUACUGCUGUAAAGAACAAGGCUGCAAAUAUUACGGUUGAGCGUGGCGCAGAGACUAUCAUGAGCAGGGUCAAGUAA